CGGCGGGCCCCAGCCGGGGGGAGCAGGGAGAGCGCGCCCACCACCUUCCCUUCCCCCCCUCGAUGGGAGCGGGGGCGUCCCGGCCGCUGCAGCCGCCUGAGGGAGAGCCGGGGGCUGCCUCUUCGGAGUUGGGGCUGAGCUGUCCACCGGGGAGAGCGCGCCAAGACUGCUGCAGCUGCGGGCCAAGUUAAACCCAUCUACAGUAAUGGCUGCGGCCUUACCCAGGACCCUGGCAGAGUUGCAGCUAUAUAGAAUAUUGCAGAAAGCCAAUCUGCUCUCUUAUUUUGAUGCCUUUAUCCAACAAGGUGGUGAUGAUGUCCAGCAACUCUGUGAAGCUGGAGAAGAGGAAUUUUUGGAAAUCAUGGCACUCGUUGGCAUGGCUAGCAAACCCCUACAUGUUAGAAGAUUACAGAAGGCUUUGAGAGACUGGGUUACAAACCCUGGCCUUUUCAAUCAGCCACUGACUUCCCUUCCUGUCAGUAGCAUACCUAUCUACAAAUUACCAGAGGGAUCACCAACAUGGCUAGGAAUAUCCUGCAGUAGUUAUGAAAGUAAUAGCAAUGCCAGGGAACCUCAUUUAAAAAUUCCCAAAUGUGCUGCCACCACCUGUGUGCAGAGCUUGGGACAGGGGAAGUCAGAUGUGAUGGGGAGCUUAGCACUGCAGAGUGUUGGUGAGUCCAGACUCUGGCAAGGCCACCAUGCUACUGAGAGCGAACACAGUCUGUCCCCAGCAGACCUUGGCUCUCCGGCUUCCCCUAAGGAAAGCAGUGAGGCACUGGAUGCUGCUGCUGCCCUCUCUGUGGCAGAGUGUGUGGAGCGAAUGGCCCCCACACUGCCAAAAAGUGACUUGAAUGAAGUGAAAGAGCUGCUAAAAAACAACAAGAAGUUGGCCAAAAUGAUUGGUCACAUUUUUGAGAUGAGUGAUGAUGAUCCACACAAAGAGGAGGAAAUUCGAAAAUACAGUGCAAUAUAUGGCAGAUUUGACUCAAAGAGAAAGGAUGGGAAACAUCUCACACUUCAUGAGCUCACUGUUAAUGAAGCAGCUGCCCAACUCUGUGUGAAAGAUAAUGCCCUGCUUACAAGAAGAGAUGAACUUUUUGCUCUGGCUAGGCAGAUAUCUCUAGAAGUCACCUAUAAAUAUACUUACAGAACCACCAAGUCAAAAUGUGGUGAAAGAGAUGAAUUAUCCCCAAAGAGAAUUAAAGUAGAGGAUGGGUUUCCAGAUUUCCAGGAUUCUAUGCAAACACUCUUUCAGCAGGCUAGAGCCAAGAGUGAAGAACUCGCAGCCCUUAGUUCACAGCAGCCUGAAAAGGUGAUGGCAAAGCAGAUGUAACUCCUCUGUGCCCAAGCUGGCUAUGAAAGACUGCAGCAUGCUGAGAGAAGACUGUCUACAGGGUUUUACAGGCAGAGCUCAGAAGAGCACAGCCCUAAUGGCUUGCCUUCUGAUAACUCAGAUGGACAAGGAGAGAGACUUUUGAAUCUCCGAAUGCCUAAUUUGCAGAACAGACAGCCCCAUCAUUUUGUGGUGGAUGGGGAGCUGAGUAGACUUUACUCAAAUGAGGCAAAGUCCCACUCCUCAGAGAGCCUUGGGAUUUUAAAAGACUACCCUCACUCAGCUUUUACUUUGGAAAAGAAAGUCAUCAAAACAGAACCUGAAGAUUCAAGAUAGCUGUGAUUCUCCUAUUGUUCUCUGGAAAUGGCAUCAGAUUUAAGGAUUAAUGCUCCAUCAUAGAAAUAAGCCUUAAUAACCAAUGUUGCCUCAUUCAGCUCAAACAGAUUUCAUAGCCAAAGCAUAAGAACUCCUGCAGCAGUCUGUGGAAACUGGGAAGAAACAACAACAGCCACAAAAGAGAAAAAUCAAGAGAGAGUUGCAAUUUAUAUCAGAAACAUUUGAUCCAUUCACAUUCCUGUGUAAGUCAUUUUAUGUGGAAAGGCUUACAAGUUAAUAUUGUAAGCAUUCAUUAUUUCAGAAUGUAUAAUGUAUUUGUGUAAUUUAUAAAGUAAAAUCUAGAUGUUGAGACCCAUUUGGUCUAAUAGAUGUGGAUACAGUUUAUUUUACUUGAAAUUUUAUUGUCUACUUUAAGUGUAUUUAGCGUAAAUAUUAUUAUCAGAGUUUAGAAUCUUUGCAGUCAUAAAAAAGAAAGCUUAAGUAAUAUAGUUAUUGGCAAGGUUGCAAUGACUGUAGAAAAAUGAAAAGCAAAUUCUCAAUUUAAGCCAAGGAAAAUAUUGUGUAUUUAAUAUUUGAUGAAACUGAUUUUGUUUACCAGGAAAUAUAUAGCAUUUGUUCAGUAAUCUUUUUGCUGUUUUAAUGAGUGCACAUUUACACAAUUAAUUAAAGUUAAAAAGAUGAGCACUUGUUCUACUAGGAGCACAAACUAAAAGUUAAAAAGAUGAGCACUCUGAAAAAUCUCUCUUACCUAGUUGACCCAGAUGGAUUACAUAAUUGCUAUUUACAUAACAAAUGAAUUUACAUAACAAAUGAAUAGGAAGCUAUUCCUUGGACAGAACUUGAAACAAGUGGACUAAUGUGUAAAAUCCUUGAUUUAAACAUUGGUAUUUCAGAAUGUGUUAAAUAGAUUAAGAUGUAGUACAUUAAUCCUAAAUGUGACAAAGAUGUUGACUUAACAAAGGCUAUAAUGAUUGUUAGAUUUUAUAUUCAGAAAUUCUUCUCCAAGUAUAGGAGUCAGACUAGGUGGCUCUCCCUGGGGAAUGCCUUCCCACCCAUCCAUCACAAGUGUGGAGUCACUGAUCCAUAUUUGCAGGCAUAUUUCUAUGGAAGUUCAGUUGACAGGUUUAUUAUUUAUUUUACAAUUUCAUUUUUGUACACCUUUCAGAUUUUUGAAUGCUUUUUUUUUGUAAAAUUCAUUUUAACUUGAAAGUAUACUUAUAAUCUCCCCUAUUUAAUUAGUAGACCGUAUGUUCAUACACACUAUUAAAUAUUAAUAGUGCAUUGGCAUACUUAUAAGAAUUUCAUAUUUGAAUCCAUAGUGGGUAUUAAAAAAAAAAGAAAGAAAGAAAAUCCAACUCUGCCAACAUCCAUUUUUUUCUGCUGAUUGAAGAGAAGAUAUUUGACAGUUUACCUACUUCCUACAGAUUCAUCUAAACCCAGAUAUUGCUGAGAAGAGUAUAUGGACAUGGAGUAUAUGUCUGUUUUUAGUUCUGCUUUAAAUCAUAACUGUGUAACAAAUAUUGUCAUGAUCUGUUAUACUAAAAUUUGUCAGCCAAAUGUUAGAUGAAAUGUCUGCACUGUAGUCUCUGAUCACUGUCACAUAUAUAAUUGCUUUUUUCAUUUUGAUUUGUAGAAGAGCUUUAUGGUAGAAAACACCAGUAAACAACUUUUAUACUAUUAAAAGGCUUUUUCCCCUUUCUAAAUGUUUUAAAUGUACCCUAGUAUUUUGCCCACUGAAGAAGCUUUUUAUGGACCUUGCAACUUUGUUGCUAGCUUGAGGUUGAUUAUUGUGGUUCUAUUGUUCACUGUGUGUAGAACUAGUAUGAGUACAAUUUAAAUAGAAUGUUCAGUUUUUAAUAUUAGCCAUAGCACUGGUUAGUAUCUCAGUAGUUUCAUGAAACGUUUCCUGUAUUCUAAUCUAUUUUGAGAAAUUUUGUGGGGUUUUUUUAAUCGUGUCUUACAGUUCAAGUUUAUAGAUUUUAAUAAGCAACAGUUCUUAAAGAUGCAAUAAUCUUCCAACUAGUAUUUAUCCAUCUUUCAUGAACUCACAAACUGCAUCUUUAAAUCCAUAAGUAAGAUUCCUUAAUCAUACUUUUCUGCUCUUUCAAGCUUAGUGAUGAGGAAGCACAAAAAUUUCAGUAGAAAACAGUUUUUAUUUUGUAAACACUAAUGUAUUAAACUUGCUAUACAUUAAAGCAAAUAAUAUAUAUUUUUAUUUGAAUUGUAUAUAUGAA